CAAACUAGUUCGUGGUCUUCCUUCAUUUAAACCCACAACUCCAUCAUCUCCAGACCACCUCCACUUUCCCUUUUCUCUUCCCCUCUCAAAAUCUCAACACCACCAACCACCUAUCAUGGCGGCAGGACUCACCGCCGCCACUGUACCCAAACCCUUCCGGUACAACUCCGUCUCUCACCUCCUUCCAAAACCAGUAACAGCAGCCUCACUUUUCUUCCCACCAAUUAGACACCAAAGCUUUUUACACUAUGGAACAAAAGUUCCAAGAAAAACAAGCCUUGCUGUAUGUUUUGUAGUUGAAGAUCAAACAAAACCGAGCAGUGCCCAUAUCGAGAAUCAACAAGAAGAGGUGCCUAAAGAUGUUAAUGAAAAUCAGAUCUCGACACCUCGCGUGGCAGAAAGAUUGGAAAGAAAGAGAAAAGAAAGAGUUACUUAUUUGAUUGCUGCUGUUAUGUCUAGUCUUGGGAUUACUUCCAUGGCUGUUAUGGCUGUUUAUUACAGAUUUUAUUGGCUUGAGGGAGGGGAAGUGCCCUUGUCUGAAAUGUUUGGUACAUUUGCUCUUUCAGUAGGUGCUGCUGUGGGGAUGGAAUUUUGGGCGAGAUGGGCUCAUAGAGCACUUUGGCAUGCUUCUUUGUGGCAUAUGCAUGAGUCUCACCAUAGACCAAGAGAUGGGCCGUUUGAGCUAAACGAUGUUUUUGCCAUAACCAAUGCAGUCCCAGCAAUUUCCCUUCUCUCCUAUGGUUUCUUCAACAAGGGCCUUGUACCUGGUCUUUGUUUUGGUGCUGGUCUUGGAAUUACAGUGUUUGGCAUAGCCUAUAUGUUUGUCCAUGAUGGCCUUGUUCACAAGAGAUUCCCAGUGGGGCCCAUUGCCGAUGUCCCAUACUUCAGAAAGGUAGCAGCAGCUCACAAGAUCCACCACUCGGACAAAUUCAAUGGUGUCCCAUAUGGGUUGUUUCUAGGACCUAGGGAAAUUGAGGAAGUUGGAGGCCUUGAAGAAUUGGAAAGGGAGAUAAGUAGGAGAACCAAAUCAUACAAGGAGUUGUGAUUAAUUAAUCUGUCAAAUUGGGAACAAUUUUUGAUCAAUUCUCAAUGUUAGAGGCUCAGCAAAGUCAUCAAUGAGAAAAGAUUUUGAGUUUGGUUGAUAUUUUAAUACCCCACAAGAAGAAAAUAGAUAUGUAGGAUGAGCAUAUUCAAAGUGGGAACUAUAUAGUAAAAAAAUAAAAACGUUGCAAAAAUAUUCAUUCCUCAUACUGUUAUAGUAUCCCACUCAUAUUUGAACCCGAAAUGAUUGUUCAUCGUAGCUUAAGCUUGUAAAUGUGGGUGCCUGUACAGAUCUCCUAAUGACAGAAUUUAGAGAAUUACUUCUACUGUA